GAAGAGGAUUAUGGCAAAUCCAAAAAGAAAUCUAAAGACGGCAAACACCAUAAAGGAGGGAAAUCUGAUGCUGAUGCCAAGAAAAAGAAAGGCAAAAAAAAAGAGGAAGCUCUGCAGCUUCCGGUAAAGGAAAUGCCAAAGAAAGGUCUAAAGAACAUGUCCAGGAUGUUCAUGAAGUUUUCUGGCAUCAAGAGGCGCAGGAACAGCAGGAAGAAGCUGAAAAGUACAUCGCGUUUGUUCCUGGGGUUGGGGAAGAGAAAGAACCGCAUGGCUAAGAAGAAACGCCGCAAGUCCAUGCUCAAGAACACCUCUCGAUUCAUGAUGAGGUUUAAAGCCAGCAAGAAGAGGAAAAAGGAGAAGGAGGACAAAGAGAAGAAAAAUGAUGGGACGAAGCCCACCUAUAUGCUGCUUCGUCUGGGAGGCGGGAAAGAAUCAAAUGAGAAGAAGGGGGGCUUCUUCAAAAGCUUAUUUGGAAAAAAGAAUGGUGACGGACCUCCUGACGACUUCAAGAACAGAAGUGCAUUGUUGGGUAAGGUUGCAGCAGCAACUAACUGGCUGACUAAACGCUUUAUGUCCACUAAAAUGCAAGACAAUACAGAACAGGGACGUAGAGCACAUUCCCGACAAGCCAACUCCAGAGGUCACCACAAUGGUGGUUAUGAGUAUGAUGAGGAGGCUUAUGGAUACGACCAGCAACAUUUAGUCCGCCAGAAAGGUUAUGGAGGCUAUGAUGAUGGUUAUGGAGAUGAGGAAGCAUAUGGAAGCCAGGGUCAGUUUGAUUACUAUGACAAUGGAGCAGGGGUAGCACACUAUCAAGACCUGGGUUACUAUGAGGAAGAAGGACUCUAUGAUCCAAAUACAGAAUAUUAUGAAGGUGGUCUUUACGAUGACGGCACAGGGGACUACUAUAACCCUUAUUCCUCGGCCCAAGGCUACUAUAACAACCAGGAAGCUGAUUACUAUGGUUACCAGCAACAACAGGCAAUGGCAAUGUAUGGUGAUGAGGGUCUGGACUAUUAUGCACUACUGGGUGAGGACCAUGUGCAUGGUGGAGAGGUAGAUGGAUUUCUUGACCCUCAGGCUCAGGGGUAUUAUGAUGAAAAUGGUCAAGUAGUUUACUACGGUGAGGGACAAGGGGGUUACUUUGACGAUGGACAGGCAGGUUAUUAUGAGGACCCUUAUGCAGCCACUAUGGGAAUGCAAGGGGGAUUACAACCAGACUAUCAACUUAGUUAUAGUGAUGCUGGCAUGCCCUACCAAGACUACAGCUCACAGCAGGCCAUGGGAGUCCCACCAGGAGGCCAACAGGUCUUUGGCUUUGGAGGGCAAGGGAUGAAUCAGGUACAGGGCAUGUAUGGGGACCAGUAUGCAGACCAGUAUGAUCAAUAUGGAGAUGACACCGGUGGAGAUCAGGGAGGAGAGGUGACAUUUAGAGUUCCCAGACCACAAGUGCGCUUAUUUGGGAAAGAGCGUCUAGAUGUGCCCCUGCACCCUCCACCUACUUUGCCACCUGAUCCAGAAUUUGAAGACAUGUCAGAAAUCCAGUAUGAAGACCAGAUUCUUCUUGCACCUGGUCAAUUUGGUAACAUGUCAAUACAGCAGCAAAUGGGAAUGUCACCUCAACACCAAAUGAUGAUGUUUCCUCAAGAACAAACUAUGUUUCCCCAUCAAGAACAAAUGAUGAUGCCCCCACAAAUAAUGUCACCACAGCAACAAAUGAUGUCACCACAGCAACAGAUGAUGUUACAACAAGAACAGAGUAUGUCCGCCCAAAUGAUGCCGCCACAGAUUCUGUCACCACAGCAACAAAUGAUGUCACCACAGCAACAGAUGAUGUUACAACAAGAACAGAGUAUGUCCGCCCAAAUGAUGCCGCCACAGAUUCUGUCACCACAGCAACAAAUGAUGUUACCACCGCAUCAGAUGAUGCCCCAGCAAAUGAUAUCACCACAGCAGCAGAUGAUGUCACAACAAAUGAUGUCACCUCAAGAACAGAUGAUGUUGCAACAGGAACAGAUGAUGUCUCCACAAAUGAUUACGCCACAGCUGAUGACAGACCCAAUGAUGAUGGCACAACAGGGUUAUGGCUCAGUGAUCCCUACUCCAACUGCCAUGAUUAUUAAACAAGCAAGUAUGUCCCCCCUUACUACGCGCCGCCUGCGACCCUCUCCGACUCCAUCCCGCCGCUCUGUCAUCAUGCCCUCACCACAGAUGCAGCGCCAUCCCUCUGCCAUGGCUUCCCCAGUAUCUUCUCCUAUGCUUUCACAGAGACGCAGCCCCUCCCCACAACCAUCCAUGAGGAGUGGGUUCAUUAAUAUCCAAAGACCCCCCUCUGUCAUGUCGAGACAAAUCUCACCUCCUUCCUCCCCCAUGACCUCCCCCCUCGCCCGUCGUAGAAUGCGACCUCAGAGAUCACUGACUCCUCUGGCUCGAGGACCCUCACCCCCUCACUCAACCCGUGCCUCUAUGAUCCGCCGAAGUCCUCCACCCUCACCAAGAGCAUCAAUGAGACAACAUUCUCCACCUUCCUCACCCCAUGCUUCAAUGAGGAGGCGAAGUCCUCUAGCCUCACCCUCUCCAGUCCGCAGCUCGUUUGGAGGGAGAAAGAUGCGUGGCCCACCCUCCCCUCCCCUCUCCCCUGGUCUUGCGUCUCCCCUUCACUCUCCACAGCUCAGUAGAAGACCCUCUCCUUCUCCCUCCCUAUCCCGUCGCAGUUUGUCCCCUGCAGGGCCUCGGCCUGCCCCAUCAUCUCCUACCCUCUCCCGUCGCUCAACUCGGCUGCACAGGGACCCCACACCAUUGGCACGUCCUAGGAUGGGAGGAAAUGUUCCCUUAGGUACUGUCAGGCCCUCGCCUAUGGGUCUCCGAGGGCGCCCAGUACCCCCACCCACUCAAAAUGUACGUCCAUUCCGUGACUCCUCCAUGCGUAGCAAUAGAUCUUCUGUUCUUACAGUGGACUCCUCCCUCCUUUCCUCCCCUUUUCACUCUCCUCACAUGGUCCACCGUGCUCCCCUGGGGAGGAGAGAAUCUGGCCGAUUUCCUUCUCGCCCUGUGGCUCGAGGACGUCCCCUCAUGGCCCAGCAGUCUAAAAGAAGGAUGCCUCCUGCCUCUCCACAGCCCUCCCUUAAACACAUGCCACAUCCUAGAUCCCAGCGCUUCUCUUCUCGACUUUCUCGUCAGUCCUCCCCCCUCCUGCCCCCUCGAUCUGCCCAUCCACCCACUUAUGCACAAGAAACGUAUGUUAGUGGCCCCUAUGCUGAUCCUUAUACUGAGCAGUCACAUCAAUUUGUUGCCCCCUCUUCUCCUAUGUUAUCGGGUGCUUUGCAGAAUCAGUCUAUUCGACAGGCAUCUUUCGCUUCCCCUUUUGGCCCAGAGCCAGCCCAGAUGGUAGACAUGGGUGAGAUGGUUACCGAAUAUGCAGAACCUUAUGCUCCCUCAUCCCCUAUGCUUUCUGGUGCAAUACAAAACCGGGUAAUUCGGGAUGCGUCCUAUGUUUCCUCACUGCAGAGACCAAUGUCACAUUAUGAGCAGCCUAUGGCCCCUUCAUCUCCUAUGCUAUCUAGGGCUCUGCAUAAUCAAGCUAUACAGGAUGCAUCUUAUGCUUCUCCUUUACAAAUGCCAAUGUCUCCUUAUGAACAGCCUAUGCUCCCUUCUUCCCCUAUGCUGUCCAGAGCUCUGCAUAAUCAAGCUAUACAGGAUGCAUCUUAUGCUUCUCCUUUACAAAUGCCAAUGUCUCCUUAUGAACAGCCUAUGCUCCCUUCUUCCCCUAUGCUGUCCAGAGCUCUGCAAAACCAGGUGGUGAGAGAAGCCUCCUAUAUGUCUCCUAUUCAAAGGCCUCAGUCCCCAUAUGCCCAAUCUGUACCUUCAUCCCCAAUGCUCUCUGGAGCCAUGAGACAUGGUCAGGCACUAAGAGGAGUGACUUCUUAUCAAACCCCACAGCUUCUUUCACCAUAUGGGCCAACUGUUGUUACUCCAUAUGAUUAUAUCUCUGAGCCUGGCCCAUCACCACUGCUUCAUGAUGCACUACAGAACCGUUCUAAUUUGCAGAAUGUCUCAUCUUUAAGAUCCCCUAUGAUGCAACGGCGUAACCCUUAUGCACCAGCUGGGCCUCAGCUCCAUAAUGCUCUUCAACAGAAUCAAAACCUCCGCCAAGCAUCUUAUCAGUCACCUAUGCAACUUAGACGGUCCCCACAUGGACCUCCACCUUCUUCUUCACCAAUGUUAGGAAGUGCCCUGCAAAACUCACAGCUGAUGCAGGCAUCGUACCGGCUUCCAGAUGGAUCCUUGGUGUCACCAUAUGCACACCCAUCAUCCUCCCCGUUGCUAGGCAGUGCCUUGCAAAACCGCCAAGUUCGUGGAGCCUCAUACACCUUGCCUGAUGGAUCAGUUAUCAGGGACCCCCGUGUCCCCCAGAAGCCCAUGUCUCCUAACCUUUCCAGAGCUCUUCAGAACCGGGAUGUCAAGACUGCUUCAUAUACUCUCCCUGAUGGCACCAUUAUAGACCCGAGACAGCAACAACCCAUUUCCCCAAACCUGGCUAAGGCUCUAAGCAACCCAGCUCUGCGUGAAGCCUCCUAUUCUCUCCCUGAUGGUACUAUUGUGAUUGACUCCAAGAAACAGAAGUCCCCAAAUCUUGCAGCGGCACUUCAGAACCCUUAUUUAAAAAUGGCAUCUUACACCCUGCCCGAUGGUACUAUCAUCAUUGAUCCACGAAAACCUGUCUCUCCAAACCUCUCCGGCGCCCUUCAAAACUCAGCUCUGCGGGACGCUUCCUUCACACUACCAAAAGGGGUUCAUGACCCCAAUAUACCCCUUUCACCAAACCUGGCUAAGGCCCUCAAUAACGCAGCCUUGAAAGGAGCUUCAUACACCCUACCAGAUGGAACUAUUAUAGUGGACCCUAGGAAACCAAAGAGCCCCAACCUGAAAGCCGCCCUGCAGAAUCCCUAUCUUAAGGGUGUGUCGUACACCCUGCCUGAUGGAACCAUCAUCAUUGACCCACGGAAACCAGUUGGCCCUAACCUGUCUAAAGCUCUUAUGAAUCAGGGCCUUCGUAGUGCAUCAUACCAUCUCCCUGAUGGUUCCCUGGUUAUCCCUGGCCAGAAGCCCUCCACUCCCAACCUUUCAGCUGCUCUGAGGCAAAACCAGGCACUUCGGUCUGCAGGUCUCUAUCAUCUAACAGACAGCUCUGUACUGUCAGGAGCACCCAAACCCACCGCUCCCAACCUUACCUCUGCAAUGCGGAACGAGGAACUCCGUGGUGGCAAUUUCAGACUGCCGGAUGGCUCUAUUCUCACACGUCAGUUCCACAACCCACGCCUGUCUGAAGCCGUCCAAAACCAGCAGCUUCGCUAUGCUUCAUACAGGGUGCCAACAGGUCUGCAGGGUGAGGAUAAUCGCUAUGCUGUGGUUCCACCCUAUGGGCCUCGCUCAGGACACUGGGCCAGAAAUGCACAAGGAGGAGGGGAAGGCGGGGAAGAUGUUUGGGCAGCAGAGAGGGUUUUACCACAUGGGACGGUCCAGAAUCUGUCAAAGUGGUCCAUGUACAGAGAAGACGGGGUGUUAGAAGGAUAUUCACCCACUCCUCGAUUUGUGAACGGACAGCCUCAGGACAAAGACUGGACUCCUGACAGAGAUAGAGUACCUGGUCAAAGCUGGUAUGACAAGAUCUACUCUAUCCUAAGCAUGCCCACAACAGGCCACAGGGUGAAACGCUGGGCAGAGGGAAUGGAAGACAUGACACAGCUGCCUGAGCUGAAUGAGACCACAAUUUUAAUGAACCUGAAGAAGCGCUUUGACCAGGAACUUGUAUAUACCUACAUAGGCAGCAUCCUCGUGUCUGUGAAUCCCUACAAGUUGCUCAACAUUUAUGGAACAGACAUGGUUCUUCAGUAUGAGGGCCACGGCCUGAGUGACAACCCUCCUCAUCUUUUUGCCAUUGCUAAUCUCUCAUAUACCACCAUGAUGGAUGCCAAAAAGGACCAGUGUAUUAUGAUCAGCGGAGAAAGCGGGUCAGGAAAGACUGAAGCUACUAAACUGAUCCUGCGUUACUUGACAGCCAUACAUCACAAAUGCAACGUCACACAACAGAUAGAGAUCCUGGAGGCCACGCCCCUGUUGGAGUCUUUUGGUAAUGCCAAAACAGUGCGCAAUGACAACUCUUCACGCUUUGGCAAAUACACACAGAUCUACAUGGAGGAGGGUGUAAUCAGCGGUGCCAUAACGUCUCAGUACCUGUUGGAGAAGUCCCGCAUUGUAUUUCAGGCCAAAUCGGAGAGGAACUAUCACAUCUUUUAUGAGAUGUUGGCAGGUCUUCCUCCUCAUGAGAAGCGCUCUCUGUAUCUGCAGGAAGCUGAGACUUACUACUAUCUGAAUCAGGGAGGGGAUUGUACCAUAGAGGGGAAGGAUGAUGGGGAGGACUUCAGGCGUCUGCUGAGUGCCAUGGACAUCCUUUGUUUCACCCCAGAGGAGCAAAACUGCACCUACAGACUGCUCUCCUCUGUCCUUCAUCUGGGGAACGUGUACUUCCAGCCACACCAGGCUGAGGGUCAGGAAGUCGCGUCGGUGGUGAGCGCGCAGGAGAUCAGGGUAGUAGCUGAGCUGCUGCAGGUCUCACCUGACGGCCUGCAGAAGUCUGUCACCUUCAAACUGACAGAUACAGUAAGGGAGAAGAUCUUCACUCCGCUCACAGUAGAGAGUGCUGUGGAUGCCAGAGAUGCUGUUGCCAAGAUCCUGUACUCGCUGCUGUUUAGUUGGCUGACAGAGCGCAUCAACGGAAGGGUCUACCCUCGCAACGAAGCCCUCUCCAUCUCCAUAUUGGACAUAUAUGGAUUUGAGGAGCUACAGGUGAACAGUUUUGAACAGCUGUGCAUCAACUACGCCAAUGAAACUUUGCAGUUCUUCUUUAACAAGGUCAUCUUCCAGGAAGAGCAGGAGGAGUACAUGCGGGAGCAGAUCCAGUGGCAGCAGCAGCCCUUCAGCCACAACCAGGACUGUCUCGACCUCAUCGCUGCUAAGCCUCAUGGGAUACUGCGCAUACUGGACGACCAGUGCGGUUUCCCUCAGGCAACAGACCACACCUUCCUUCAGAAGUGCCACUAUCACCAUGGAAACGACCCGCUGUAUGCCAGACCAAAGAUGCCACUGCCAGAGUUCACCCUGACACACUACGCUGGCAAAGUCACGUAUCAGGUGCACAAAUUCUUGGAUAAGAACUUCGACACGGUCCGCCAGGAUGUUUUAGACCUCUUCAUCCAGAGCAAGAACAGAAUGUUAUCCAGCCUCUUCUUAAAGCACUCUGAGUCUGGGUCUCAGCAGCGGUCUAAUGUGCGGCGCAGCAGCACGGCGCGUCGUUAUCAGGCCAACACGGUCAGCGCAAAGUUCCAGAGCAGCCUGCAGGAGCUGCUGGAGAAGAUGGAAAGGUGUAACCCUUAUUUUGUGCGAUGCAUCAAGUCAAACCAUCAUAAGGAGCCAGGAGGGUUUGACAUGGAGCUAGUCAACACUCAGCUACAUUACUCUGGCAUCAUGGAGACCAUCCAUAUCAGGAAGGAGGGUUAUCCAAUCCGACUGCACUUUCACAGCUUCCUAACACGGUAUAAAGCCCUGCUCUGCCUGAAGGAUCCUCCUCCUGCAGACGGAGAAAACUGUGUCAUCAUGCUCCAUAAGCUCGGGCCGGUGAAGAACGGCUCGUAUCAGCUGGGAGUCAGUAAGAUUUUCCUGAAAGAGGAGUUGUAUCAGCUGUUGGAGGGAAAGCGUGACCGUGUGUUGAACAUCGCUGCCAUGGCGCUGCAGAGACACACCCGCGCAUGUUUUGUCCAAAAGCACUUCGCCAAGUUGCGGCGACGUGUGAUUCUGUUUGAAACUCGCUGCAGAGGCUACGUAGCCAGAAAAAAGUUUGCUCUGAGGAGGAAGUACCUCAUCAGGCUCCGCUCCGUCGUGCUGCUCAUCGUAAACCGCCAGCGUUACAUGAGGACAGUGCUGGAGCCUGCAAGGAAAGCAGAGGAGGAUCGCAUCAACAGAGAAGUGGUGAAUGUGACUACGCUGCCUAUCCCUGCUGAGCUGGCAAUUCUGCUACAGGCGGCCUCAGGUGGUGAAGAGCUGCAUUCUGACUGCUUGGCGGUGGUUCAGGCUCCAAAGGUUCGGGUUGACCCCCAGCUGACCCUGCCCCUGGAUAUCAACAACUACCUCAUGACACACUACAUCCGGGCCAUAUUUAGGGAGCCGUUGUUUGGGAUGCUGACAGCCCCGCUGGACAGUUCACUGAUUCGAAUGGAUGAGGAGUUGAAACAAGGAGCUCUGAACAUUUUCAUUCUGAUACUAAGAUUUAUGGGUGAUCCAAACUUGAAUGGAGCUCAGGAGAAUCUGUUUGGGAACUACAUCAUCCAGAGAGGACUUGCCAAUCCCAGCCUCCGAGAUGAGAUCCUUGCUCAGGUGGCCAAUCAGGUGUGGAGGAAUCCUAACAUUUUGAAUUCAGAGCGUGGUUGGCUCCUCCUGUCCUCCUGUCUCUCUGCCUUCCUGCCCUCUCAAAGGCUGACCAAGUACUUGCUAAAGUUUGUGUCCGACUACGGCCCGGAGGGCUACGACUGUGUGUGUCAGCACCGUCUGCUUCAAGCUCUGCAGCGGUUAAAUGUCGGGCCAGAGUAUGUCCGGACGUACCCACCCUGUCUACUGGAGUGGACCGCCAAUCGCAAGAGAGCUCACACUGUUCUGCACAUACACUGCUUCGAUGGCGUGUCCUUCCUGUGUCCUCUACACUCCUGGACAACAGGAGAAGAAAUGGCCAAAGACAUCUUACAACACAGGGGUGUGAUGGAGAGCCGUCGAGGCUGGUCGGUGCUGCUGAAGGAGCCGACUCAGCUGGUGGAGCUGGAGGGCUCAGACUACGUCCUGGACUUGAUGUCGGACCUGGAGCUUCCUGCUGACUUCCCCAAACACAGCAGCUACUUCAUCAUUUCUGCACAGGAACCGACCAGAGUGCGCCCCAAUGCCAGCAUAAGCCUGUUGGGUGGUGGGUUUGACAUGAAGGAUGAUUUCAUACCUUCUGCCGUACCUGACUCUGAUGGACAAGACUUCGAGCCUCAGAGAGGGAUGGAUCGUUAUCUCGACAGCCUGUUUGACCCUGUACUGUCUGAGGGAACUGGAGAAGUAGAAUCAGGACUGUCCGGCAGGAUGAAGGGGGCCGGGGGAGUUGGAGGGGGAUGGCAACAGCAGGGGCAGUCAACCGGCCCCCCACCGCCUCCUGGGGCUGUGAGAGUCCUUCCUGUGGGAGGCGUGAUGUCGCCUCCUGUUGCUGCUGUGGCACCUGCAACACCUGAUGCCCAGCAGGCUGUUUUGGCCCAGCAGCAGCAGGCGAUCAUGAACCAGCAGGCCAUCAUCAUGGCCCAGCAGAUGACCAUGCAGGCCAUGGCCAUGGUCGGCAGCCCAGUGACGAGCCCCCCCACCUCCCCCAUCACGAGCCCUCCCAUGAGCCCUCUGCUCCCCCACCCUCAAAGCCCGUAUGCCCCCGCCAGCCCCUACGCUGUCAUACCCCCGAGUCCAUACGCUAACAUCCCACCCAGCCCCUACGCUAACUUCACACCCACUCCCUACGCUGCAGCAGACAUCCCGCCCAGGCAUCCCUAUUCUCCGCCUUCCCGAGCUCAGCCUCGUGCGGACCACCGGAAUCCACCCGAAGCUCGGCCUCAGCCUCAGCCGAGCUCCACCAAAACGAUCAGAACUGAGCAAACACAGCGUCAAGCUAACGUCGCUUCACGGGUUCAGUCAGGUAAGGACAGCGUCUCUCGGAGGAAGGCUCCAGGCAUCCCCAUAAACAAGGACACACCAGCCAGGAAGUUUGCCCCAGUGGGGACGUCUCCUCCGCCCCCUGCUGGAGAGAUGGUGAAGUACUCUGGUCGGACUACAGAUCACAUCGUCCCCAGCCAAGAUAUCCAAGAAAUUAUCAAAAGAUACAACUCCCCACCUCCAUCGGAAGACCUGCUGCUACAAGACAAGAGGAGAGCCGAGGGGAAGUUUAGGAAGAAGCAAACCCCUCGUGAUGAAGCUUUACAGAUCCUCAAACCGCAGAUGGACAACCCUCCUGCUCCACAGCCCAAACGUCCUGCUGCCCCCUCACCAUCUGCGUCUGCAGUGAAAGAGGCGGGAUUUAAACCCAGCAAGAGCACGAAGACAAGGGCACCUAAUCGUCCUCUCCCCAUUCCUCCUCGAGUUUCUCGAGAGCUUCCAGUAGAGACUGAGACCAUCCAGACACAGCUUCAUCAGAGAACCAAUGAAGAACACUACACCUACACCAAUGUUCCCUGGAGACUGUACCUCAGGAAGGAGGUCUUUAAUCCCAAAGACAGCUUCAACAAUCCUCUGGUGCUCGACCUCAUUUUCAAACAGAUAGUGAACGACACUCUGUCAGAGGCGUGUGUUCGCAUCACACGGGAUGAAAGGCAGAGAAUGAAGGCUCUUUUCGCUAAACACGGGGUUGAACAGAAUGUGGCUCCGGUGGAGGAGCAUGUGAAGAAAACAAUCGUGACGGCUGCCAGGGAAACCUGGGAAAUUUACUUCUCCCGUCUGUACCCUGCAUCGGGUAGUGUAGGAACUGGUGUGCAGGUGUUGUCCGUGUCCCACAGCGGUAUAAAGCUGUUGAAGACCGUAAAAAGCAGCGCGGCAGCUCCGGACUACUUCAGAGUCUUACGACCCUACACCUAUGCAGACAUCCUGUUUGUGACCAUCCCCUCUGAGAACAUGCUGGAGUUCAAUCUGAGCAACGAGAAACUCAUCCUGUUCUCAGCCAAGGCACCACAAGUCAAACAUCUCAUAGACACCUUCAUCAAUGAGAUCAAAAAGGAUUCAGACUAUGUGAUUGCAGAGAGAAACUUUGUGACAGACGACCGUUCGAUGCUCAGUUUUCACAAAGGUGACGUCAUCCGGCUGCAGGUUAUGGACGGGCUGGAGAAGGGUUACAGCUACGGCUGUGUGGUGAGGAAGAAGGUGGUGUUUUUGGAGGAACUGAAAAGAGACACUCAAGACUUUGGAUGGAAGUUUGGUGCUGUGUUCGGCCGCUCUGGAGCGUUCCCGGCCGAGUGCGUCCAUGCCGUCGCUCCUCCUGACUUUCUGUCGCUGCCACUGGACCGCAAGGCAGAGCCUCGAGGAGGAGCAGGACAGUUUGCCGUGUCAUCAGCCGUCGCUGUUGCCGUGGCGUCCACCAUGGCUGCACACGAGAUAGAUCAAACGAUUGAGAAAGUUUCCCUUGACGGCUUUGCUGAAGGAGAGCUGGAUGAGAGGGCCCUGCAGGACAGUAAAUAUGACAUGUUGGAGUUCGCCAAGAAGUACUUCAGACAGGGAAACAACAUGAAGGGAGGUUCCCUGAAGAACAAAAACAAAAACAGAGACUCCAGAGAACCCACUGAAAUGAUCAAGUUCUCCAAGACUCCUCUGACUGAGUCUCUGAUAGAGUUUACGGACCCGGCCAUGAACAGAGUGGCAGCUGAUCUCUUCCUGUCGGUGAUGCGUUUCAUGGGUGACUCUCCGUCAAGGGGAUCAACAGAACAGGAAGUGGUCAAUACUUUCCUCAAGCUCAUAGGAGAGUUCACCUUGAUGAGGGAUGAGGCUUACUGCCAACUCCUCAAACAGCUUACGGCUAACACCAGCUCCAAACCAGAUAGUUGCCAACGAGGCUGGAGGCUGAUGUACAUCCUGACCGCUUUCCAUCGCUGCUCUGAAGUCCUCAAGCCCUUCCUGCUGAAGAACCUGCAGCAGGCUUCUCGCAGCGCCGGGGCGCUGUACCAGGGCAUCGCUAAAGCAUGUGAGCAGAACCUGAAGAAGACGUUUCAGUACGGCGGCCGCUUCGCUCCUCCCAACAGCAUGGAGCUGAAGGCUGUGAUGGCGGGACGUAGUUCCAAACGUCAGCUGUUUCUCUUUCCUGGAGGCAUUGAACGUCACGUGAAAAUCAAAACAUGUUCUGUUGCCCUGGAGGUGAUUGAAGAGCUGUGUUAUGAGAUGGGUUUACACAAACUGGAGGCUAUGGAAGAAUAUGCCAUAUUUUUAGUCACCAACAGAGGUCAGAAUGUGCGACCUCUCAACAAACACGAGUACAUCCUGGAUGUUGCGACAGAGGCCGAGUUAGUCGACACCAACUACAGCUUCUGGUUCAGACGAGUCAUCUGGACUCAACCGCUGAAGUUUGAGAAUGAGCUCUGUGUCACCAUGCACUAUAACCAGAUCCUGCCAGAUUACCGUAAAGGCCUGCUAAAUGUUCUUCCACAUGGAAAAGUGAGCGAUCAACAGUUCCACCAGUUAUGCAAACUGGCAGCUUUGCAGCACAGAGCCAAAGACAUCAUCUUCAUCCCCAGCAUACAUGAACUAUCGGAGUACAUCGCCGCACCUCUGUUCAAGAAGCAGCCACCCCAGCAGUGGGUUACCAUGGUGACGCAGCACAUGCAGCAGGUGCAGAGCCUCAACCCGCACCAGGCCAGAGCACAGUUUCUGGGGCUGAUCAGUGCAUUCCCCAUGUUCGGCUCCUCGUUCUUCUACAUCCACAGCAGCAGCUCCACCACCUUCUACGCCCCCUGUAUUGUUGCUGUCAAUCAACAUGGCUUCCACUUCCUGCACAAAAAUACACAUGAGCUGAUGGUAUUGGUCCCCCUGGAGGAGGUGCAGUCCAGCCGCACCCAGAGGCCCACUGCUGGAUCGAGUUACCCGUAUGUAGACCUCACCCUGGGGGACGUGAACACACAUCGGGUCAUUCAGCUGCAGCUGGAGCAGGGCCUGGAAUUGUGUCGAGUCAUCGCCAUGCAGGUGGAAAACAUGAUGUCUGUGCGGGAGAGGAGACUCACGCUGCCACCCAGCGAAAUCACCAUGUUAUAAGGCUUGCUUCAUUAUACACACAUGCAGUGGUGGGAAGUAACUAAUUACUCAAGUACUGUACGAUUUUGAGGUACUAUUAUUUUACUUGAAUAUUUCAAUUUUAUGAUACUUUAUUACUUUGCAGAUCCAGAUUAAUUACAAAAUA